UUCCUUGAACUAUUAUCAAACAUCUAAAGGAAAUAGAAUCCCAAGAACUGCUGUACACUGUUUUUGUUGUAGCUAAAGAAAAUGCUGGCAAUGGGAGUGGAGGAGGCAACUGCAACAGUUGAGAAAUAUCCAAUGCAAAUGGUUCCAUUGUUGAUGAGAGAGGAAAGCAAUGAGGACUAUGAACCAAAAGUGGUUUCAUUCGGACCUUACCAUCACGGAAAGGAGAAGCUCAAGUUCGUUGAGGAUUUCAAGCCCGAUGCAGUUAAAAUGUUCAUUGAAGACAGUACUCUAGGCGAACAUGUCUUCAUUAAUGCGAUUCUAUCGGAUAUUAACUACAUAAAAGGUUGUUACCCUAAAAGAUUCACCAGUAAGUACUCCGAUGAACAAUGGGCUCAAAUGAUGUUUAAAGAUGCAUGUGUCAUUCUAAAUUAUAUCGGACCAACGAAGCAUGAGGAAUCAUCUAAACGGAUUAGGACAAUUAAUGAUCAUCUUGGUACUGCUGUUUAUGCCAACAUUAGACGUGACAUGUAUUUGCUUGAAAAUCAGAUACCUUUACGAAUUCUCGAGAUCUUGGUUUGCUUGAGAUAUCAAAGUUAUGAUAGAAAAACAUUUAUAAACGACAUGGAAAAGUAUUCGUUUAGAAUGUUCUUCAAUGCCGAGAGCGGAAAUAUUGAAGAACCUCCAAAUGAAAACAAUAAGCUGGGGCAGAAUGCCCUUCACCUUCUUGAAAUUCUCCGAAGAGUAAUUGUGACAGGUCAAGAUCAUGAUCUUAUUACAAUGGAUCAUAGUUGCUGCAAUGUUAACGUUUUGAUAAAUUGCCUGGAAAAAAGCUGUUGCAAAUGCUGCAAAAAUGAUGGAAAGGAAAACACUCAUGGCCUUUACGCGUUUCGUUCUGUGGCGGAUCUGAAAUCAAAGGGGAUUCAUUUAAGGGCUAGCGGGAUUCGAUCUCUCAAGGGUGUAAGAUUUGGUCAAACAAAAUUGUUUCAUUCUGCGGAGCUAAAACUCCCGCUUUUGUAUGUUAAUAUGUACACCAGAGAGUUUUUCAAGAACAUGAUUGCAUAUGAGUUAUCUCCUCGUGUACAAGAGAGUGCUUGGGUAAAGUCUGUAACUGAUUAUGUGAGUUUCAUGAAACUACUUGUGGCUACAACAGAAGAUGUGAAGGAACUGCGACAGAAAAAAAUUAUCAUCAACAGCUUAGGGAGUGAUGAUGAUGUGUUGCAAGUGUACAAAUCUUUAAAUACUUAUGAGGCAGAUAAUAGCUCUUCUUACAGCAUAGUCAAGAAAGGUUUAGAAGACCAUUAUAACAGCACAAUCAAGAUGUGGAUGGCUAAUUUGAUAACCACAUAUUUUAGCAAUCCUUGGACUAUAAUUGCUUUGGUUGCUUCUCUUUUCCUCCUCUGCUUAGAUAUUGUCCAGACCUACUAUGCAGUACAUCCUCCAAAGAAUGGUGAUGAUGCUAAUCAAUCUUCUUCACCACCAGGAUUUUGAUUUUACUUUUAUUAUUACCUACCUUUUCUCUAUUAUUAAUUUGUCUUUGUUCAUUGAAGUAAUCAUACCUCCCUUUCAUACA